UUAUCACCACAGCUACCCAGUAGUCUCCCUUGUGGAUAUGACAGAAGUAGGUCACCGCGCAGGUACGACAGGGUGACAGGUCGUUCGACAUGGGGACGAUAACAAAGAUGUUUUUUCUGGUUUUGCUGGCCGCUUGCUUACUUCAUCAAAGUGCAGCAAUUAUGUGCCAUCGCUGUUAUUCUUCCUUUGGUGGAUGCAGUGACCAUGUGGUUUGGCGUAUGUUUCCAUGGCAUGAAUGUGGCAGUGAGUUUUGUGUCAAGGUUAUUGAACAAGUUCCAGGUGAAGAACCACGCUACCUGCGUGAGUGUGAACACAUCCUUAUGCAAUCUGCACGUCACAGACUGCGAAUGCCAAUCAUGCGCCGACAUGGAUACUGUCUACCUGCCAGAAAAAAUGAUCCUUUCAAUCCUUUGGAUUCGACAGACAGCCGUUUCACAUACUGCUUUUGCAAUGAUUGGAAUGGCUGCAACACAGCUUCAUAUUUACAUUCUUCCUAUCGCAUCAUGUUGUUCAUUUCUUUGGUUGUUCCUGUUCUUUUGCGCCUGUUUAGUUCAUGAGUCAUAAACUGCUUAAAACUUUUGUAGAAAUUAGUAGAAAAGAAACUUGAUAGAUAAUUUCAGGAGAGAUCACCAUUUUAACUGCUGUGGUAUCAGAACAAAAGUCUAACUACAGUCAUGAUUUAACUCUUUUUUUUAAAUUACUUGCUAUGAUAAAAGUUUUGUUUACUAAGUUGCUGACAUAUCAAGUCUGGGACAUUGGAAGUUGCAGUAUACAUAUCAUACUAAAUAUUAAUUUUUUUAUUCCACUCACAUAAAGGAAAGUGUGAUGAUGGCAGCUUUCUUUCCUAUAAUAAAAACAAUUUCAAAAUGUAAAAUCAUCUCCUAUGGACUUGAUGCUAACUUUUCUUUACAUCAUUGGUGGAACAGUUUUAUUUGAAGUGUGAGCUUAGAUAUUUUCGGCAUACUGGGAGACUAAAAUCAGUUCAUAUGCUUAAAACCUUCCUUAAAUGUAAUUCAAGGAGAGUUGCUUUAGUAUUCUAAUGACAAUGACUUGGUCUGGCAAGCAACCACAUAUUGUGUCCGUCUACCUAGAUCAGUAGUGCACAACAUUUUUUCGCCUGAGGGCCACAUUGGACAUAUCAUAAAAUCCCAUGGGCCAGAACAUGGCGGUUUUGCCAAAUCAUAACAUUAAAAAUGAAUUUUGUUGUGUCUGAUUAAAUCAAGCAGGCGGAUGUGGCCUGCGGGCCAUAGGUUUGGCACCCUGGACCUAGAUUAUGUAAUUAUUUACAAACUUGUAUAAGGACUGAUUACAUUUGUUUAAAAAAUACUGUGUCUAUAAAACUGGGGAGUUGUUUCUGUAGCAAAUAUGCAAACAGGAAUGGGUGGGUAGGUUGGGGGAGGGUGUGUGUGAGAGAGAGAGCAUGAAUAUGUAGACACAAUAGUGCCUCUUUCACACAGUUCAAUUAGUUCCCUUGGGUUACUAAGACUGGCUGUGUGCAUUCUGCAGCAUGAAAAAAGAAGUUUGAGAGUUAUCUGUUCACUGUUGAAUGUCAUCUUUUGUUUAAUAAAAUCUUUCUUGAAUUCACUGACAUAACCUUGCGCUGUACAUAAACCAUUCGUAUUUCAUUAACUACUCAUACAUGUAUUUUUUUAAUGUGCGUGUUAUUGUUUCUCUGUUUUACCCCUAAAGGUGAUCUGAUUCAGAUACUUCGAAUAUUUAAAUAUUCUGGUAAGGAGUUUAUUAGUCGGCACUGGCUAAAAUUAACAGCACAUAAAGCUUGCAGUUGCUUAACUGCCUACAAAUGUUUUGAGACUUUUUAUCUUCAGUUCAGAUCAGUGACCAACAGCAACUCUUUGGUGAAAUCCACUUUACCUGUUGUAGCCAAUUUUUAUAGAAUAUUGGGGAAAAUUUUGUUUAGGCUAUACUAUCUGUAUAUAGGCAGGGCUUUUGUUGGUAAGCGGCCUUAAAAUAAUGAGCUUGAUGUCAGAAGCGUGGUGGUGCCCGCUGAUCCGUCAAAAGCUACUGUGAUCUUGAGAGCAUUUAACUUGAUAGUAAGGCAGAGUUGUUGUACAAUCCGUGAUGCAAGCAUCUACCACUGUGUUUUGAUUUGGACAAUUUUUUCUAGUACAGAUUAAUACUUACAGGUGUCAAAAAUUAUGUCUAGAGUAAGAAUCUUCAGAACUGCUCGACUGAAAUGGACCUUUCGGAAUGAAAUUAUUUUACCUGUUUUGUAUCAUAAUUUGUAAUAAAGAUUUUCUAUAUAUUUUCUCA